CGCGCCUGCGCAGUGCAUCCAGAGGGCUCGGCGGCGAUCGGUGCUGAAGUGGGGCGGAUGGCAGGAAAACCCAGCAGCGAUGGACAUUACACCGCUGGCUCGCCGUCGACGAUGUCGCUAAGCAUGCAUAGGGACACCUGGCUCUUAUGCCCGACAUUUUAAGACGCUGACAGCCCGAGACAAGAGGAUGCUGUACAUUCAUCGUCUGCUGUGCUUUUAAGUUCAUAAAUGGUUCUUUUACUACGCUACGAGACAGCCUAGAAGGCGACGGUCAACAGAACAGAAAAUACGAGGAGGACAUUUGACCCACCUCACUUUAGCUUUAGCAUACAUUUUUUUGCGAACUGGUCAGGGAUGGUGACACCAGUAACUUCUCUUCCCUGUGGUGAAAACAACCUCUUUUUUUGUGUCCUGAAUCUGCUGCAAGCCAAACAGACAGUCCAACAGUCCAUACCUUCGUCAACCAGCUUGCUACCGUCCGGCGACCUGUUACCUCACGCCAUGACUGCUCUGUCUGACCUGUGUUUAGGAACUCACUAAUUCAUGCCCUGCAGUGUGAGUGGAGUGGAGAUGAGAAAAAGGCAGGCGGCUCAUAUCGAGGCCCCUCCCCAGGCCCCUGGACAACCCAGACCCAACACCUGCUGCCUCUGCUGGUGUGGCUGCUGCAAGUGUCUCUGGAAUGAAGAAAGAAUGGAGAGGAAUGAACGGCAAACCUGCACCAUGAUGGACAGUAUUGACGCUGCUGACGAACAACGCCCCAGUCUGGAGGAGUUGCUAUCGUGGGCACGGAGCUUUGACAUGAUGCUGCGCUCCUUUGAGGGUCGGGAGAUCUUCCGGGAGUUUCUACGCUCUGAGUACAGCGAGGACAACCUGCUUUUCUGGUUGGCCUGUGAAGAGUUGAAGAAGGAGACGAACCCCUCAGUAGUGGAUGAGAAGGCAAGGAUCAUAUACGAAGAUUACGUCUCUAUAUUAUCACCCAAAGAGGUGAGUCUGGACUCUUGUGUCAGGGAAGGAAUAAACCAGAGCCUCGCGGAGCCCAGCAACGUAAUGUAUGAGGAGGCCCAACUCCAGAUUUAUACCCUGAUGCACCGUGACUCCUUUCCCCGUUUCCUCAACUCCUCAGUUUACAGAGACCUCCUGGCCAGCAGGAGGCGCACCUGCCUCGACACUUAAACCUCUCCGUCUUUCGUCAUCGCCAUCGUACGCCAACGAAACCACUACUUAAAACUUUCAAGUUCUACAAUGGUGCCAGAAGCUGGGUUUGGAAAAUCUCUCGCUGUUGUGACUGACAAAAAAAAACGUAUUGAUAUCCAAGAUGGCUGGUUGGUGUUUUUAUUUAUAUUUUUAAGCAAUUUCUAUCCAGUUGUCCACUGGAGCCAGGUCGGCCUUUGCUGGCUGCUUUUUGGUCGGUUUAAGACCAUGAAUGCUUGCCAGUGAUUGUUUUGCUAACAAUUUGUGCUGUUCGUUAGGGAAAAAAUGACCGGAGGAGCUACAAAUCAGUUUUUAACGGCCAACUGGAUGGCCAGGUAUUGGAUAAUUGUGGACUUCUCAGGUUCUGAGGACAGAAAGAAAGAAAGUGAGAGGCAGAAAGGACAAAUUAAAUGUUACCGUACUGUAAUAUUUAGACCUCAUGCUUUUUACACUCGCUCUAAUUCCUGCAUUUACUCACUAUAUUUCCCAAAUUAUUUAUUUAUUUCCUUCUAUCAAAUUCUCCAGCUUCAUCUAGCUGAUUAUAUUUGUCCACCUUUGGAACAUGAAGCCCGUGUGUUGGUGGGAAAUAGGGCGUGUUGGCCCGGUAACCAGUAGAAACGCUGGCUCCGUUUGCAGCUCUCCUCUCCUAUUCUCUAUUCUGUCCGUCUAUCUACACUGAAGCUUGAUGAUAAAAGCCGUGGACUGCAACCAUUUUUAUGAAUAUUGAAAGGUACUGACGGACGGUGGAGCCGCACUUUUGUCUGGCUACUUUCAGUGAAGGGAAAAAGUACACUUCUGCCAAUUUUCACUUUACAGAUUUUUACAUUUUUUUAAAUUGAGAAGAUCUGCUUCAAAGGCAGCACCACUGACCCAUUCUUCCAAUCAUGCAUGGAUCUAUCCAUCCAUCCAAUGGUCCGAGUACCUUCCUUUGUUUGGAUUGUCUUACCGGGAGAAGUAAGGGCUAGAACUGUGGUUGGGCAGCUACGUCUAUUUAUUACUUGUGAACUCUAAAUUCUCUCCACUAAGGAAAUCGGAAUGCCUUUAUAAAUAAGGAGAAUGCACCACAGGCGCUGCUGGCUAUUUUCUGGAAGGCAACCACAGUUUGAUGAUCAAUCUCUACAUCCCAUCCUUACCCUCCACUUUGUUUAAAGUGCGACCAUCACAGCCAGGCAAGCAUGUGCGCUGGAGCAAAGAAAAACUCAAAAUGACAUUCAUUUUUAGAUUUUCACAAGAAGUAAAGCUGAUUUGAGAAUGUUAGCAAGAAUCACAGUGAAAGGCUUUAGGUUGUGAAAAUAGCAUAACUGCCCUAAUUUUUGACAUCAGAUAUUCGUCAUUUUGUCAACUUGGUGCCAAACAUGACUUCAAAGACGCUGUGAUUAGAUGUUUGUUGGGAUCCGUCAACAGGUCAUUAAGUCAGAACUGUUCUGUUGUUAGGCUAUUGGUUAGCUACUUCCUGUUCAAGACUCAGCAGUUUUUUAUCCCAAAGCUGGAAAAGAGGGCUGGUAUAAUAUUAUUAACAUGCUAGCAUCCCAAACUAGUCAAGGAGUAGUAAUAAUACACACAAGCCUUUAAAAAAAAUUCCAAAUUUAGCAUGCUAGCUGCUAGCAUGCUUGAGCUAGUCGUGCUACCGUCCACUGCCAGCCCUCGCCCGCUCUGGUUGGUUUUUCUAACCUGACUUUGACAGCAUGCGAUGAUCAUGGUUAUUUGUGUGUGAGGAAGAUUUACUACACAAAAAAACAACUGACUUUUAAAGUUGUUUGUGUGUGUUGCUUUUUUUUUUUUGCCAAAUGUCCUGCUAAUUUGUGUAGCAUUUUAAAAGACACGUUUUUUUGUUGAUCAUGGCGUGUUCAUUUGAACAUGUCCCUGGCCUGUGGAUCUGCAUAAAAAAGUGCAUGAUAACAUGAAAUGCCAUUUUUGUUUUACGAGAUGAGCCUUUUGUGUUCAUUAGUUGCCAUUUGAAUUAAGUCCAACCGCAUGGUCGGUUUGGUGGUUAGCUUGAUGUUGUUGAAAUUGCUAACUGAUGAAGGCAUCCACGUUGCUGCCUCCUUUAACAACCUGUAGUACUUGUGCCAAGUGUGGUUUGGAGAAAAAUGGAGCGGAUUCAGGACAUUAAAGUGCAGCCGGUCAAGUGAAGUCAAGGGUGACAAAUUUUAGUCAGUUUAUACUGGAAACAUCACUUUACCGCAGCGCCUUUUUUUUUUAAAAGAUGCACAAGUUUUUUUGCUGCUGUUUUUUUUUUUUUUGUGUGUGUGUGUGUUCCUGGCCGCUUGCGUGUUUGCGUAGCAUAAAAAAUUAUGGGCGAGACGAGUUUUUUCAUCUUCAUUACAGAAAAUGACGUCUGGUUAAGGGGAAAAGUCGGCAUGUAAUCAUGGGUGUUGGAGUUUUCCUCCAGAUGCUACCAGUUGGGAUUUUGGAACCAAUAUUCCACCUCAUGUUUUUUAGAAUUUUUAAUACAAAAUGAUCAGUUUACACUUUAACAAUGCAACUUUAGAUGCAGACUUCACAUUUACCUAACAGAGCUUGACUAAUUAUGCUUGGCUGCUUUAGAGCUGAACUUGCAUGAGCCUAAUUUGAUCACUGGCAAAGAAAUGAAGACGGGCAACAAUAAAGACUCAUUUCCACUUGUAUUCCUCAGAACAGCUUUAAUUUUCUGGAAAUACAAGCAUUAAUAGGUUGCAUUUAGGCAUCUUUGUCUUUCUUCCGUCAACUAAGGAAUCCUCCAUGCUGAAGAAUCUCUUCUUUGCUCAGUGCCGUCGUUUUUCCUCGUUGUCUAUAUUUCCAUUAUUAUGAGAAUGUUUAACCAAUAACCAGAUCAUAAAAUAAUGGUGCAAUCAAACCAAGUUUACAUUUAUAAAUUGUGCGACACAUGUACCGUCUAAAAUGCUCUGAGGCGUUGAAAACCAGCAGCCAACAGAUUUGAGGCUGGCUUUGGGCGUUUAGUUUAAAACUGGAAGCUGUUUUAUUGGAAGGACACUUCGAGCAGACGCCCUGAUUUUCUGCUUGGACCUUUCCUUCCUAAUUUAUUAAGACCUCAACGUAAUGAAGACAAGUAUGCAGUUGUUUGUUUUUAAAUAUGUGGACUCUUCUAGCAAUGGCAAUGUCAUCACGGUUGACUGUAUAUGAGAAUCUGACAGAGUAAGUGUGAUGUCACCCAUAGAAAAUGGCUAACUUCAGGCUCCAAUGAAAUAAGUCAGUUCAGUUGCCAGGUUGGAACCAGAAACCGUCAUUAAGCAGUGGUCAGUCCAAGUUGGUCUGAGUCAGUAUAUCUAUGACAACCACUCUCGCCAACCAGGAAUGAGUAUGUUGGAAGGCCACACCCCUACCACUUGAAAGUGGUCUCUUGAGUUUCUGUGAAGUGCUUCACAUGUUCAAUAGGAAAUCACAUACUUUUAUUAAGGCAUCUGAUUCUUCAGUUAAUGACUUGAAGAUCAUGCUAUACAGAAAAAAGAAAAUAGCAUGGAAACAAUUUGGAUUAACAAAAACGUGAAAAAAAUGGUAGAAGAGCAAGGAUGGUUAUUCUGACAAAUACUGACUGAGUAAUAGCUGUUUAUUAAUCAACCGAAGUCUGGAAUUUUAGUUUCUUGGAGCCAGCAGGCACUUCCUGUUUGGAAUUCGAGGGGGAGGUCCUUAAAAACAGUCAAUUGUCAUCAGUGACUCAAUUUUUUUUUGUUUUUUAAUUUUCUUUGCAUUGCCAUGAAUUCCAAGUGAGUGUCUCUUUAAAAAUAUGGCUGUGGUUUUAUUGACCAAAAAAAAACUAAAAUAAAUGAAGAAACGACUAUUGAGCUAACUUGUAGUGGCGGGAAGGAGGUCUGCAAAGCUUUGGCCUUACUGACACGUUUUUUUGAUUUUUUUUUUCCUUUGUAUUAAAAAAGAAAGACAAAUGUCUUUAUAGGCUUUUCACUACCUCUCAUGUUGGUUAAUUUAUUUCACAUCUAGUUCUCUACAAGUUGUUGGUAGAUCUACUUGAAGUCUAACACUGUAAACAAAAAUGUGCACAGAAAAAUGAUUACAUAUGACUGAAGGUGGGGGUAAGGGGAGGUUAAAAAGAGAGCUCGGCCUAGUUGACACGAUUAAUAUAUUUUUUUGUUUGUAUGUAUGUUUAUUGUAAGUUGUAUUCAGCUGAACUACAUUUUGCGUCUCUAUAAAGAAUUCAGGAAUCCACUGUCUAAGGGCUAAUCCCAUUUUUGCCUAUGCAAAUCUGUUACUUAUGUAAAGCUGGGAAAGGACCGCGCCUUUCACCGGUUUUAGACGGACCGUGGUUUACAUUGCCCUUUGCUGAUAUUCUUCAACCUUUUUCAGCAAAAAUGAACGCUUAUUUCUGUUUCCUAAAAUAUUAUAUAGAAAUACACACACACACACACACACACAUCUAUAUGUGUUUAAAAAAGGUAAUACAGAGAAAGUAUUUUAUGCCUUUGUGAUGAUAAAAAAGAAAUUAUUGCUGAAAAGAAAUGUGUUGUCUAACAUUGUGUGCUGGGGUAGAGAUAGAUGGACAUGGGACAGCUGUCAUUUGUCAUUCUACUGUGAACGUAGCUGAGCAUGUGCGGCUUGCCAGUUUAAGGCGGAUAAAAUGGUUUAUUUCGAAUGAAAUCGCAUUAGAAUCUCAUCUGAAGCUUCAAUCUAAACCUCAAGUCUGGAUGAUACUCAAGCAAAACUUUUAGAAAGAUUUAAAAAGAGCGCGGUACAUCCAGGAUUUGUCCUUUGUCUUUUUUUUUUAGUUCAUUUCUGAAGUUUGUGUGACUUCACAUCUAAAAAAAAAAACACAAGCAGGAGAAUAGUCAAAAUGUCUAAUGACCUUCACUUCUACUUGUUUCUUUCCGAAGUUACUCACUUCAAAGGGCUGAGUUCAUGCAAACCUACAAACUAGCACGUUGGGUCCGUUUCGGGAUGAGCACUAGCCAUUCAUGAGUUACGUUAAUUCACUACUGAAAUCAAAAGAGUGUCAUAGUUUGUGGAAAAAAACGUUUGUUUCCCAGUACUCAGCAGGUCGCGUGUUUCCAUUUCCUUUUUUGAUGUAGCCACACCCACUCAGCCUGACACUGCUGACACUGUAGCAUCAAAGUGGAGCAGAUUUGUAUCUUGGAGUUGUUACUAUUUUUGUUUUUGUUAACUUUUUUCCCCGUUAAUUUCAAUUCUAAUUCCCAAACUGCAAUGUUUCCAUUUUCUUUUCUUCUGCAAUGCAUCCCGACUGAAGAAAGACACUGAAUAUUGAGUAAUACAUCCUGGGUUAGAUGUUGGAUAAGGUGCCUCAAUGCUUCACAACUGAACUCUUGGAAACAUUAGUGUCCCUCCCAGCAUAAAUCCCCCCCUUGUACUGUCUGUUUGAAACCCCUCCCUUGGGGGGUUAGAAUACUUUUGGGAAGGAAUUUUUUUGAAGGUACUGCUUCAAGAUGGUAAUCGACAGAUUUAGGCAAUCACUUUUCUCUUUAUUGAUUUCGAUGCCUAAGCCUCUUGGUUUUUGUCAUGCUUUUGUAGAUAGAUCACAGACAUUUGAAAAUGAUCUGUACGUGAAGAAAAAAAACAGUUAGUCACUUUAGACAAAGUGACAAUUUUUCUAUUCAGCAUGCUUUGUGCUAAAUAAAUGAAAUAAUUCAGUUAUUUGCUAUAAACGAUACUGUAUGAGUAUGUAUUCAAGUACUGCAGUAUGCAGACAAUUAAAAGUAUGAGAAACUCUUUUAAGAGGUUCAUAUUUUCUUUAAGUAUGUUUGACUAGUAUUGACGGUUAUGAAUAUUUAAUUCUUGCUUUGAGUGUCUCAUGAAUUGCCAGAGUUAUUAAAUGGCCCUCUUUGUAUUCACAAACGAUAGAGCAUAGUUGGUAUUUUCGCAUGCAUGACACGCAGAGACACUUUUCCAAAACAGCGCUGUUAAAUCAGGAGUUUGGUGAGCCAAGUUUACCAUUUUCACUGGAAGUUGAAACGACUUCAACUAAGAUCUUGACUGUUUUAUUUACAAGGCAGGUAGAUGUAAACUUUGUGGUCACUCUCAUGGCCAACAUGAGUGUUUGGCAUGAUUGACUGAUGUCAGAUUUAAAAUGCAGCUGUGAUUUAAGAAAGAAGAAAAAAAAAUAGCCCAAACUGUAGCCAGAGUAUAAAUUAACCCUAAACUUCAGUCAACUUAUUUCAAAUCAAACACUGUGCCCACACCCUUCAGGUACUAGCAGAUUUGACGUUUUUUUGUUGUUUGUUUUUUGUUUUCAGAGGAACUUUAUCAUCUGUCCUGAAAUGUAGCAUUGACAAACUGAUUUAACCUCAUCUUCUUGCAUAAGCAAUGACGUUGUGCUUAGAGGCAGAGCCGGGACGCAGUCAAAAACCUUUGAAAAUGUGUACAUUGUCAGAAACAAUAUAUGAACUAUUGACGAUUCCGUGUAUGUUAUUACACUUUGAAGGUAAUUGUAGAUUUAAAAAAAAAAGGAUCGACUAUUUCAAAGUGCCGCUAAAAUGUUGUGGUUUGUGAGUACGUCUGUAGGAAAAUGUGUGAAAUUGGCACUUAGUGAAAAUUCACCCAACAGCUACUUAGCUUCGAUUUUACUACCCAGCAAAAAAAAGUGGAAAUUGGUCAUUUACUUUCAGUUCUAUAAGCUUAUUAAAACAAUUGUCUUUGCUGGUGUAAACAGUAACCACUUCCUGUCAAAAUUAUGAGGAGGGAUUUGGAGAAUGUGAACCGUUUUUAGGCUAAAAUUCGAUUUUAUUUACAAAUUUGUUCAACCAAUUUUGAGAACAUCAUGAGAAUAGAUUGAUAUUCCAUGUGGCCAGAGACGAUGUAGAGCUAACCGCUUUUGGAUGAAUCAAGUGUGCCAAAUUUAUUUUCCUCCUGGGUCGACACUGACGAGUCCAAGUCCAAACGAUCUUUUGCACUUACAAUGAUCUAGAAGAAACAUGUUUUGCUAUUUGUCUUUUCACUUUGCUGCCAUAGAUCUGUGUCAUCUCCUGAACCGUGCACAUGUAUUCUAUUUAUAAACAUGUAACCCACAAACUUUAUUAACAGUAUAACUGAUGUGAAUGCCACGUGAAUACACCCUAACUCGAACUGUAAUUGCCACAAAUGGCUGUUAGUUUUUGAAAUUCUUUUUUUCUUUAUUGUUGAUUUUAUGCCAAAAGGUACCGUCAGUUCCUUUUUUUUUUGUUUUAAAAGACGCAGAAAUUGUUGUUUAUUAGCCUGGAACUUUCUAGUCUCACAAGAAGCGUGCCCAUGUUGUGGUACAUUUAAUCUAUUUAUCUUCUCUGUCUGUCUUUGUUUACAUGAGGACAUCUUGCAUUAAGAGAGGACUACAGUCUAUGGUAACUGCCCUUGAAUAUCCGUAAUUUAAAUAGUGCUGCUAGAGAGAAAUCUUAAUGUAAUACCUUAAUAAAUACUUAAUAGAUUUUUGCCAAA